AUGGGGGCUACUGUUCCUCUGAGUCACCUUAUCAAUGCCUUUCAUUCACCAAAAAGCUCCACUACUACUGCCAGUGCAGCAUCCGUACAGCCUGUCCAGAGGGACACCUCCCCAGAGCAUGAUCCUCAGAAGAGUGAGUCUGUACUUAAUUUAAGAGACCUGGGAUUGUCUGAUUUGAAAGCUAACCAGGUCAGAGAAUUGGUGAACAGGUUGCUUCCUGGCUACUGUGCAGAAAACAAAGUAUCUUCGCAGUGGCAUACAUCGUACAUCUCUGCUGAGUCCUUCUUUGAAAAUAAGCAUGGUUUCGUGGAUGUUUUCAGUGCUUUACGUUCAUCUUGUUUGUACAGACAGCAUCCUAAUCCCCUCCAAAAUUUCUGUUCAGAUGUUCGGUGUUGGCCAGUUUACAUACAAUCACGGACCUUUAAGACUUUGAGAUCAAGAGCAAGACGUCUGCAGUCAACAUCUGAACAAUUCACAGAAACAAAAAAUUCACUUUCUUCAGUUUUGAAGGGCUUUAUCCUGAGAAAGCGAAGGAUUGAUGUUGAAAACUUAGAUACGCUAAUGAAAACAAAAAACAUCCCAGAGGCACACCAGGAUGCUUUUAAAACUGGUUUUGCAGAAGGCUUUUUGAAAGCACAGGUAUUCCUGCAAAAAACACUUGAUUCCUUAAGAAGAUCACGUUUGCUUUCUUUCUUUCUCUUUGUUCUUUGUUUUUACCUUGCUAUAUAUUCGUCAUUUUUACCUGGGAAAGGCUCCUUUUCUGAUGCUGUACGCUUUCGAACAUCGAGUAUCUUUGAUGCAGCAGUUGAUCCAAUCCAGUUGAAAAAUGUCACCUUCGAACAUGUAAAAGGGGUUGAAGAAGCUAAACAGGAAUUGCAAGAAGUUGUGGAAUUCCUGAAAAACCCACAUAAAUUUACUGUACUAGGAGGUAAACUUCCAAAAGGUAUUCUGUUAGUUGGACCACCUGGUACUGGUAAAACUCUUCUCGCACGGGCUGUAGCUGGUGAAGCUGAUGUUCCAUUUUAUUAUGCAUCUGGAUCUGAGUUUGAUGAGAUGUUUGUUGGUGUAGGAGCUAGUCGCAUCCGAAGCCUAUUCAGGGAAGCAAAAGCAAAUGCACCAUGUGUUAUAUUUAUUGAUGAGUUGGACUCUGUUGGUGGGAAGAGAAUUGAAUCUCCAAUGCAUCCCUAUUCAAGACAGACCAUUAAUCAACUUCUUGCUGAAAUGGAUGGGUUUAAACCUAAUGAAGGUGUUGUUAUUAUUGGUGCAACAAACUUCCCUGAAGCGUUAGACAAUGCUUUAAUACGUCCUGGUCGCUUUGAUAUGCAAGUUACUGUUCCCAAGCCUGAUGUAAGAGGUCGUACAGAAAUUCUGAAGUGGUACCUCAAUAAAAUAAAGUAUGAUCCAUCUGUUGAUCCAGAAAUAAUUGCACGAGGCACAGUAGGAUUUUCUGGAGCAGAGCUUGAGAAUCUUGUAAAUCAAGCUGCAUUAAAGGCAGCUGUUGAUGGAAAAGAUAUGGUAACCAUGAAAGAGCUAGAAUUCUCCAAGGACAAAAUUCUAAUGGGACCUGAACGUAGAAGUGUAGAAAUUGAUGAGAAAAACAAAACCAUCACCGCUUACCAUGAAUCCGGACAUGCUAUCAUUGCAUAUUAUACCAAGGAUGCAAUGCCGAUCAACAAGGCUACAAUCAUGACACGAGGAACAACGCUUGGACAUGUAUCUUUGCUCCCAGAAAAUGACAGAUGGAGUGAAACUAGAUCCCAGUUGCUUGCACAGAUGGAUGUCUGUAUGGGAGGAAGAGUAGCAGAAGAGCUCAUAUUUGGAAGUGAUCACAUCACAACAGGUGCUUCCAGUGAUUUUGACAAUGCUACUAAAAUUGCAAAACUGAUGGUGACUAGAUUUGGAAUGAGUGAGAAGCUUGGUGUUAUGACCUAUACUGAUACGGGGAAAGUUAGCCCUGAAACUCAGUCUGCAAUUGAACAGGAAGUAAGAACGCUUCUACGGGACUCAUAUGAGCGAGCAAAGAACAUCCUGAAGACUCAUGCAAAAGAACACAAGAAUUUAGCCGAAGCUUUAUUGAAAUAUGAGACUUUGGAUGCCAAAGAAAUCCAAAUUGUUCUAGAGGGAAAAAAACUAGAAGUAAGAUGAUAACUUCUGUGAUACAGCAACUGAUAAUUUGAAGAAUGUACAUCUAGCAAUGCAGUAGUCUUACGCAGCAUAGCCUUUUUUUCCCUUCCUGAUGUGUGUAUGGCAUUAGUGACACUUUAAUAAUAUUCUGUCUCUCGUGAGCGUCUGUUAGUCAUCUGUUAUUUGUGUCUCAUCAGAGUAAGACACACAAAAUAAAGCAAGUUCCUCAUCCUCU